UUGUUUGGUUGUCUCUUUUUUUUCUUUGAAAAAAAGAAAGGCGAGUCUUCUUCUAAAAGCAGAAAGCUACAGUGAAUCCACUAGCUUCCCUGGUAAACUGUUUUAAUAUUUAUGUGCCCUCUAUCCCAAGAAGUGGCAUCUGAAUUCAGGGUUACAUUUCUGUAAUGUCUAUACCCAGCUCCAUGAGUGUUUUGGCUUUGUCAGGGAGGAUGGAAAGCUGCUCGCUGUCAGAGUUUGUUCCUGUGCAAGUAUUUGUAGGCAGCAGUCAAGGCACCUCUCAACUUUCUGUUCAAUAUGCUGCACUAACCGAGCUCCUUAAGCCUCCCACUUAAAAGUUCAUUUUAUUUUUUCUUCCCCAUCCUUGGAUCUCUUUCUACAAGCCUUCUUUGAGCUCUACCCAGUACUCCCACGCCUUUCCUGAACAGGACUGUGUGUAACAGUUGCCUGGUUGUCUUACCUGUGCUCUACACAUUGUUUCCUCACUUCUGCCCAGUAGUCCCUUUUUAUACCCCUGGGGAUUAUGUUGGUGCUUCUAGCCCCACCAGCAAUGCUUCCAGCUCUAACUGAAGCAGUGACCGAGGACAUGUCUGUGACCUUUCCAAGCAGAGCCUUCCAUCCCGGAGGUACUCCACAUCUGCAUUCUCCAAACUAAGCAAAGUAGGGAUCCGGCAUCCUCCACCUCUUCCUUUCAUUGGAAACCUGCUCUUUUUCAGUGAGGGUUUUUGGGAAAAUCACACAAAACUCAUAACGGAGUAUGGACCUGUUUGUGGGUAUUACAUUGGUCGCCAAAUGUUUGUGGUGGUCUCCACACCAGAGAUGAUCAAGCAAAUCUUAGUGACAGAUUUCAGUAACUUCACCAACAGAACUAAGCCGAACUUGAUUUCCAAGCCAAUGCUUGACAGCAUCCUUUGUCUUCGUGAUGACAGAUGGAAGCAUGUCCGGAGCCUCCUGACCCCAGCCUUCAGCAAUACUAAACUGAAAGAGAUGACACCGCUAAUAAACCAGGCCUGUGAUGUCCUGCUGUGUAACUUGAAAGUCUAUGCAGACUCUGGCAAAGCUUUUGAUAUCCAGAGGUGUUACAACUGCUUUACCUUGGAUGUCGUUGGUAGUGUAGCUUUUGGUACUGAGGUGGAUUCUCAGAAGAAUCCCGAUGACCCCUUCGUUAAGAAUUGCAGAACAUUCUUUCAAAUGUCUUUGUUUAAGCCUCUCCUCAUUCUAAUCCUUUCUUUCCCAUUCAUUAUGAUCCCAUUGCUUCGGAUUUUGCCAAACAAGAAACAAAAGGAACUGAAUGGAUUUUUUAUCCAAACCAUAAAAAAUGCAAUUGUCUUGAGACAACAGCAAGAUGCAGCUGAGAGGCGCAGAGAUUUUCUCCAGUGGAUGCUCGACUCCCGCGACUCAGCUGACUCCCUGGCAGCCGGGUGUUUGGAUGUGAUGAAUCCAUCUGCCGCUUCCAGACAGAACGAGGUGCCUCUUGCUGGCAGGGCCCCAUCUGAAAAGGUUCAGAAGACAUUAACAGAGGAUGAGAUAGCAGGCCAAGCUUUCCUGUUCCUGGUUGCUGGGUACGAGACCACCACUAGCACACUGUCCUUUGCCACGUACUUGCUAGCCACCAACCCAGAGUGCCAGGAGAAGGUACUUCAGGAGGUUGAUGAGUUCUCAGCAAAACACAUGGUCCCUGAUUACCAAAAUGUACAAGAACUCCCUUAUCUGGACAUGGUGAUUGCAGAGACAUUGCGCAUGUACCCACCUGCAUUCAGGUUCACUCGGGAAACAGCUAAAGACUGCAUGGUGCUGGGGCAGCAUAUUCCAGCUGGGGCUGUCAUUGAAACUGCAGUUGGACAUCUCCACCACAACCCUGAAUUCUGGCCAGAGCCUGAGAAGUUCAUUCCUGAGAGGUUUACAGAGGAGGCCAAGAAGGAACGACAUCCCUUUGCAUACCUGCCCUUUGGGGCAGGACCUCGUGGCUGCAUUGGCAUGAAAAUGGGUUUGCUGGAGAUAAAAAUGACUCUGUUGAGGAUUUUGCAGAAGUUUCAAUUUAAGACCUGCCCAGAGACUGAGAUUCCUUUGCAGCUGAAAUCAAAAGCCACACUUGGACCAAAAAACGGAAUCUACGUUAUGCUAGAAUCUCGCUAAAAGAAAACGUACAUCCUGAAGCCUCCUGUGAUGGGACCCCUUGUUCAGUGAUUCACUGGGUAUAAUUAUUUUUCAAAACCCCAAAGCCAGGUAGGAGCCUAAGUCCCACUGAUGGUCAGUAGGUGCUGCCUCGCUGCCCUCCUAUGGGAGAGCCUCCAGUCACUUUUUUAAAUGAAACAUGGGCUCCACAGUCUUUUUGGUGAUUUUCAAAUUGCUGUGAAUAGUAUCUGUAAAGAAGCAUCCCACUUUCACUUGCUUUUCUACAUUACACUUCCUUUCACUCAUCUUUGAGAAUGCUUUCUGCGUGUUCAAGUUCAAUAAAUGGAGCAGGUGUUAAGCAUA